AGGGCGGGGGCCGGGGCUCUGCCCGGAGCCUUCGGGGUGGGCAUCCUGGGCAGGGCAAGCGGCUGAGGUGUGGAAGGGGAGGAUGCGCCUCUCCAAAACCCUUGUCGACAUGGACAUGGCCGACUAUAGUGCCGCGCUGGACCCAGCCUACACCACCCUGGAAUUCGAGAAUGUGCAGGUGUUGACGAUGGGCAAUGACACAUCCCCAUCAGAAGGUGCCAACCUCAACGCACCCAACAGCCUGGGUGUCAGCGCCCUGUGCGCCAUCUGUGGGGACCGGGCCACAGGGAAACACUACGGUGCCUCCAGCUGUGACGGUUGCAAGGGCUUCUUCCGGAGGAGUGUGAGAAAGAACCACAUGUACUCCUGCAGAUUUAGUCGGCAGUGCGUGGUGGACAAAGACAAGAGGAACCAGUGCCGCUACUGCAGGCUCAAGAAGUGCUUCCGGGCUGGCAUGAAGAAGGAAGCUGUGCAAAAUGAGCGGGACCGGAUCAGCACUCGCCGAUCAAGCUACGAGGACAGCAGCCUGCCCUCCAUCAAUGCAUUGUUGCAGGCCGAGGUCCUGUCCCAGCAGAUCACCUCCCCCGUCUCCGGGAUCAACGGAGACAUUCGGGCGAAAAAGAUCGCCAGCAUCGCAGAUGUGUGUGAGUCCAUGAAGGAGCAGUUGCUGGUGCUCGUUGAGUGGGCCAAGUACAUUCCUGCUUUCUGCGAGCUCCCUCUGGAUGACCAGGUGGCCCUGCUCAGAGCCCACGCCGGUGAGCACCUGCUGCUUGGAGCCACCAAGCGAUCCAUGGUGUUCAAGGACGUUCUGCUUCUAGGCAAUGACUACAUCGUCCCUCGGCACUGCCCGGAGCUGGCAGAGAUGAGCCGGGUGUCCGUGCGCAUCCUCGACGAGCUGGUGCUGCCCUUCCAGGAGCUGCAGAUAGAUGACAAUGAGUAUGCCUGCCUCAAAGCCAUCAUCUUCUUUGACCCAGACGCCAAGGGGCUGAGCGACCCGGGCAAGAUCAAGCGGCUGCGCUCCCAGGUGCAGGUGAGCCUGGAGGACUACAUCAACGACCGCCAGUACGACUCGCGUGGCCGCUUCGGCGAGCUGUUGCUACUGCUGCCCACCCUGCAGAGCAUCACCUGGCAGAUGAUCGAGCAGAUCCAGUUCAUCAAGCUCUUCGGCAUGGCCAAGAUCGACAACCUGCUGCAGGAGAUGCUGCUGGGAGGUCCGUGCCAGGCCCGGGAGGGGCUGAGAGGGUCCUCCAGUGAUGCACCUCAUGCCCAUCAUCCCCUGCACCCUCACCUGAUGCAGGAACACAUGGGCACGAACGUCAUUGUUGCCAACACAAUGCCCUCUCACCUCAGCAAUGGACAGAUGUGUGAGUGGCCCCGACCCAGGGGGCAGGCAGGGCUGGAAUUCUCAGCAGCCCCUGUCUGUCUCUCUGUCCUUCCAGCCACCCCUGAGACUCCACAGCCCUCACCACCAGGUGGCUCAGCGUCUGAGCCCUACAAGCUCCUGCCAGGAGCGAUCGCCACGAUUGUCAAGCCCCCCUCCGCCAUCCCCCAGCCGACCAUCACCAAGCAGGAAGUCAUCUAGCAAGCCGCUGGGGGUCGGGGCUCUGCCGGCCCCCCAGCCCCCUCAGAGAGCCCCGGUGGUCACUUGUUCACAGUGAAGGAAGCCGUGACAACAAGGCCAGUCUCAGGGCAGCAAUGGAAAGGGCGAAGGGCCCAAGAACUUGGGCUGCGGGCCACAUCCCAUUGCUACCCUCCACCCCCUGCUCUGGAUGAUGGGGCUUUGACUUGGGGAGACCCCAGCUGGAAAAUCCUCUGUUGCCUUGGACAACUCUUCUCUUGCCAAAGCCACUGCCUUCCCCUUCAUCAUACCUAACCCCAACUUCUUCACCCCCAAAGGACAACUCUCUGGAGAUGACAUGGGACCUUGCUUGGACAGAGCUAGCUCCCUUUCCCCUCAGACCGGUACUUCUCUCCAAGUACUGUCCUAGUGCCCAGACACAAAACCCUUCAAGGCUGGGUCAGAUCAGGGUCUCUGAUCCCUUCCUGUCCUGCUGCCCCUGCCUGCAACGCUCCUCUCCACUUGCCACCGUCACCCACCUCAGCCAUGCUAAUUUCUCCACAGUCACCUCUCCAGAGGCUGAAGAAGACUUGCAGACAACCACCCGGUCAUCCCAGGAGCAUUUCUAAAGCACUAGCUGGGCUAGGCACAGUGUAGGAGACUGUUGAGAAGGAAGACACUGUUCCACCUGUAACCCAUGGCUCUUCCCUUCUUUGGGACUUGGGUGGGUACGGGGGUGAUGCUCCCUACAGGCUGUCAACACCGAGAGGACAAUCCAAGGUGGGCAACUGCAACAGGAACUUGGAGGGACUAGGGUGGUCGGAGAAAGCACCAAGAAAGGGGCAGACUGCAUUAGGCCUUUAAGGAAGGGCUGGAUUUCAGCUAGUGGAGCAGGUGAGACACAGCAUUCCAAAGUAGGGCAAACAGUCUGGGCGAGGACUCAGGUCAGAAGAAGGGCGUGGGGGGAAGGCAAUGAAAAGACUGAGCUGUCUGGAGGAGGCUGGGGGCCUUGAACCCCAGACUGAGGCACUGAGACGUGGGCUCCUCGGCCAUGACUAGCUGGGAGGAUGUGCGGCGGGUCGGGAGGGAGCAGGCAGGCCAGAUGGGGGCUGGUGAUGCAUGUGAUGCAGGUGAGAGGGAAGACACCUGGAGACGGCGGUGAAGAUGGAUGGGUGCACGCGGCUCAGAAGGGUGUCAGGGAGGAAUUGCCCCCCCAGGGCCCGUCUCAGACUCUGCCUCAUUCCUGGCGCUGUGUUAAGUGCAGCACAUGCAUCGUCUCUUUCAUUGUCACCGAAGAUGAAAUUGAGAUCUAAGUAGUUAAGUGACUUUUCUGGAACCCACAGUUAGUAAAUGGCUGAGUCAGGAUUUGAUCCUGUAUCUUCCUGGAUCAGAACAGGAGCUCUUGACCACGGUGACUAAAAGGGCCCUUCUGUCCUCACCAUGAUCUAGUUUGAGGGGCUUCCUGCCCCUGUCGCCAGCCUCAGAAGCCAAAGCCUUAUUCUUCCCAGGGGCCCCACCAAUGGCCAGGACUAAGAUUGGCUUGGAGCUACACUAAUAUCUAAUCAGGGUCCAGCAUCCUGUUUGCUGAUGAAAAGGAGAAGUUAUAAUUGUUGGACUUCUUUUCUCUCCUCACUCCCCAAGUCCAGGGCGGGUGUCAGGGGUCUGGCUCUUGGGAGAUGGACCAAUAUGGCCUGGCCAUCUGGGAGCAGGAUGGUUUGGGGGUAGUUCAAGGGAGGGAUGAGAAGGCCUGGGUUUGAGCACAUUUGAGAAACAUUAAGCCCCAAGAUGGAACAGUCAGCAUGUCAUGUGGAAUUUUGGAGGCUUUGGGAAAAUUCUGCAAAAUGCCACUAAGCCAGUGGGAAUGAAAGAGAUGGGUCCUGUGGCUGGCACUGUGCUUAGGUAGGAGAGUGAACAGUUAGACUGGCUACCUACCCCCACCCCAGGCUGACCUUUCUGAGUGGAUGGGGGGGGCAGGACUCCAGUGCCCCCAGAUUCCACCAUUGGUGAUGGCUCCUUUUUGUGAAAGAGGCAUGAGGGGUUCAAGGGCAAUAUGUCCAAGGGAAACCUCUACAUCACCAGUGGUCCCAGGAGCAGCCUACCCAAGCCACCAAGCCAAGUCCCUGGUGCCAGAGAGACUGCUCCCUACUCAGAGCUCUCAAGUCUUCCCAAGCCCCUCUCUGGGUCCCCAGAAAUUCCAGCCAGGGAGCUCAGACUCAUCUGGGACAAGGUGAGGAAACUGGAACUAUUCUGUCAUUGCGGUCAUUCCCACUCUUUGCUCCUCUGCCCCCCAAAGUCGCUCGGGCCUCUGUCAUAGGAGUGAAUCGAGUUAAGAGUUUUCCACAGGAUGGAGUUGGAGUACCAGUGGCUUUUAAUAGUAGCAAAAUCUUCUGGGUGAGGGGUUCAGUCCUUAGCCCCAAUUAACCCUGCCAGCAGGAGAAAUCCAUUCCAUUUAAAUAAUUUUACUGUAACGUGGGAAGCACAAAACAAAGAGCAGUUUGCUUUUCUGAUUCUGAGGACAUGGCAUUGGAAAAUCCCUCUCUCUCUCUCUCUCUCUCCUCUCUCUCUCUCUCUCUCUCUGUCCCCCCCUCUCCCUCUCUCCCUCUUCUUCUCUCUCUGCCACUUGAGUUCUGGUCCUAAACAAUGAAAUCUGAAGGACUAAAUAAACAAGGGUUGGGAGGGCAAGCAUGGACCCUGCAGUUCCUCCCCUGAGACAGCCUCUUCUCCAGGCAGCUCUCAGAAGCUUCCAGAAUCUGCAUGACUCCCCGCAGAGUAGACAGAGGAGAGGGUGGGAAAUGGACGCUCCUAGAUUUUUGUGAUGACCAAGCCAAUUGCUUUUGCCAAAUUGUUCUGUGAUUUGCCCUGAUUGGGAUGAAUUGUGAAAUUCACAUCAAGCAAUACUGGAAGCGGGCUGCUUCCUGUGGGUGUGAAUGCCACCAGCCCCUGUGCUGACACCUGAGCCCCUGUCACUCUGCCGCCCAAUGGGGCAGAGAAGCAAAAAAACAUUUCUUACUCUUGUGUGUUUUAACAAAAGUUUAUAAAGCAAAAUAAAUGGCGCAUAUGUUUUCUAAGUC